AUGAAGCUGCUGCAAAUUGACGAUCCUCGUGAAGUGAUCCCGAUCGGUUGCCGGUUGCUGACGCUGUUUGGUUUAGGGCGAGACGAAAAGCCGAAACUUCUGUACUGGUGUCAGGUUGUGUUUUAUCUGGUCUUUAGUCUUGUGCCACGCGUAUUGGUAAAGAUUGAUGAUACGGUAAUGCUGUUGCGGUUGGGUUCCGAGUUAGCCUUUGUCUCUUACUUGUACUCGCAAAUAUUGGCCCUUUACUUUCGACGGGAAAAUCUGUACCGGUUGGUUGAUAUGCUGCAACGGUGUGCUAACAAGCGCUACUCGGAAGCCAUUGACACGUUUCUGAUCAAAUCGAAUGGCAAAGUUAACAAGUUUUCGGUGACCUGUUGCAAAUGUUUUUUCCUCCUAUACAUCCUGUACUGCGUAAUGCCUCCGAUAGCAUCGACUGGCGUUUACAUUCGUAACACGCACAAUUUAACAAACGAGCCGGAAGAGUUUAUCAUAUCCAGUGAAAUGAACCUUUACUACCUGGACAUUCGCUUCAAUGUACUGCACUUUGCCUUCUACACGCUGAUCAUAUGCUUGUUGACGGUCACCUCCGCAUCUUCACUGUGCAUUAAGGACGUGAUGGAUGUGUCCGUCAUCAGGAUCACAUGCCUAAUGUUUCAAGUGACCGCAAUGCAGAUACGUGAACUGAAGGAACACAUCUCACAAACCCAACUCAGCACCGUCAUCGACUCGCAUCGGGACACUUUGCUGUGCGCCCAGAGCUUACAGGACACUCUCAACCUCUCGCUUCUGAUUCAACUUACAUUCUGCAGUGCCAUAUGGUGUCUUAUGCUUUUCUACAUAUUGCUGAUGGGAUUUGACUCAAGAAUUUUAAACGUACUCAUACUGCUGCUCAUUGUGACAGUGGAAACCUACACGUACUGCACACUGGGAACACAGCUAACUGAUAAGGCUAGUGAUGGAUAAAAUUAUCCAAACCAUGGGCUUAUUGCAAAUGCUAAUUGCUCUAUUCACAUUUCAGGGUGAAGAAGUGUUGAUGGCCCUUCAACAGCUAG